UUAAUAAACGUGGGAGUAGUUUAAUAAUGCUGCAAAGAAAGAUGCUACUUACAUAGUGUCUAAAUAGUGUUAUUUUGGUGUACAUUCACGAUCAAUUACACUAAUAAACGGUCAACUGACAGCGCAAGUUUCUGUCAACAGUCAUGAGAGUUGGAUAUUUUACCGGCCGACAAAAUAAAUAAUGCGAUAUGCUUUCUCUAUCUGAGACCUGCAUAUGUCUUUUUAACCAGAUUUGGGAAUAGUUUAACUCUUUCAAGUAAACGGCUCUCUUUUGCUACCCAACCUCACUGCAUGUGUCCCGUUAUGUUGUAGCUAGCCCUUAGCUAACGUUAGCUGUUUUGGCUAAUGAACAAUCCUCAAGUUUACUCAUGUCAACGUUAAAAUAUGAGCUUCUAGUUUGCAGUGGUGUAAAGUAACUAAGUACAUUUACUCAAGUACUUUAAAUGCAAUUUUGAGAAACGUGUACUUCAGUGCUUCAAUGUUUUGCUACUUUGUACUUCUACCCCACUACAAUUCAGAGGUAAAUAGUGUACUAUUACUCCACUACGUUUAUUUAACCAUUAAGAGUCCCUGGGGCCAUUUUUCAGCCAUUCAGGUUUUCAUGUUCAUGCCAUUUUGGCUGUGUUGAAUGAAUAUUGCUCAAACUUGCCAGAGGAUAUUCUUUUUUAGUUGUAUAUUGAAUUGUCGUAUCAGUUUUUUAAAUUAGCCUAAAAUGGCUAAGCUACACAAAAACCGACACAUUAGUUCCUAGCGGCAAAAAAUGCCCCAUUGAAAACCAUUGAAAAUGCUUUUUUUGACCCCACAUUUAUCUUAUCAUAAACUCUUGAUUUCCUUUAUGUUAAGAUUUCAUUUUGAACUUCUAGCUUUCAAUUUUCAAUUUUUACAUUUGUCUACAAGAUGGCGAUAAUUUUAACCCUUUGAAGCCUGCAGCAAAAUGUCACACUUGUUACUGUUUUCUGCAAGGGUCACUUGCUACUGAAAUUAUGUGUGUGUCACUUUUGAUGUUGUAUAAUGGUGUGUGUGUGCGUGUGUGUGCGUGUCCAACUUCAAAAUACUUUUCUCUUAGAAGGCCACACUGCAUAAUAAUCUAAUUCAAUAAUAAAAACAAUGAGUUGCGAGAACCAAAACUUUGUUUUGGUUCUCGCAAAACAAAGUUUUGGUUCUCGCUCAGGUUGUUUAUACAGGUGCACUGCAGCCAUGGUUAUAAGUAUUACUAUCAGUGCAGGAGUAGUCUUUUUGGAGAUGGCAAGGCAUUACAGCACACAGGAAGCUCUGGACAUCAUCAUGCACUCUCAUUGCGAGGAUGGCUCCUCAUCCUCCUCCGUGGACUCUGAGGCUGACACAGAAGAGGCCUCAGAGUCCAUGGCGGACGCCUCAGAGGUGGGAACAGACCAGCUAGAGUCCAACUCAGACUCAUCUGAAACUGAGAGCGGAGGGGAGAUGGAGGAAGCAGCUGCGGGAUGGACUUCAAAAAAUGGUAAAGUGUUUUGGUCUCCCACAAACACUGAGACGCUCCGCUACGUCCCAGCAGCCAGAAGUUUGACCCCGGGACCAACACUAUGCUGUCCCCCGAAUCAGUGACCCGGCAUCCAGCUUUGCACUGCUGAUGACAGAUGACAUCCUGCAGCAUAUUGUGUCCAUGACAAACCUGCAUGGGAGACGGUCAAUUGCAGAGUGGCGAGAUAUGGACACAGAGGAACUGCAGGCUUACGUGGGGCUGCUCAUUUUGGCCGGUGUUUACAGGUCAAAAAAUGAAUCGACCCUCAGCCUCUGGAGUGAGAAAUCGGGACGGAGCAUUUUCCGAGCCACGAUGUCCCACAGGAGGUUUCACCAAAUCAGCCGAACACUGCGGUUCGACGACAAGCUAUCCCGAUUGCGGCGCCAUGAUGACAAGCUGGCUGCUUUCCGCAAAGUCUGGGAUAUGUGGACGCACCGCCUGCCGAUGCUGUUCAGCCCAUUCAGCGACGUCUGCGUGGAUGAACAGCUCAUCCCAUUCAGAGGCAGGUGCAGCUUCAAGCAGUAUAUGCCAAAAAAGCCGGCCAAAUACGGUAUAAAGAUUUGGGCAAACUGUGAUGUAAAAUCCUCAUACGCCUGGAGACUGCAGGUGUAUACAGGCAAAGCAGCUGGCAGUCCUUCUGAAAUCAACCAGGGGAUGAGGGUGGUCCUGGAGAUGACAGAGGGGCUCCAGGGACACAUCAUUACCUGUGACAAUUUGUUCACGUCCUUCACACUGGCUGAGGAGCUGCUCAGGAGAAAACUGGCCCUGGUUUGCACAAUUCGCUGAAACAAGCCUGAGCUUCCCCUAGGCGAUCCUCUCCUCCACCUUUGCCUUUACGAAGACCCACACACUGGUCUCUUACAUCCCUCGACGUGGCAGGAAUGUGCUGCUUCUAAGCACGAAACACCGCAGUCCAGACGUAAGCGACGAAAUGAAGAGAAAGCCAGUCAUAAUCAAAGACUACAACCGAUGCAAAGGAGGUGUCGACAACCUUGAUAAGGUUGUUGCCACCUACUCCUGCAGGAGGAGAACAAAUCGCUGGCCACUUGCCCUCUUCCACAACCUGGUUGACAUUUCCCAUUACAAUGCCUACGUCCUGUGGACAUCAAUCGAGCCAUCCUGGCAGCAGCAAAAACCAUACAGGAGGAGGCUCUUCAUUGAAGAGGUGGGAGAAAUGCUGGUGACCCCACACAUCAAGAAGAGAGGGCGCCUUCCCCGCUCAUCAGCCGCUGCAACAAUGGUGUCAGAUCUGCAGGGUGCUGCUGCAGGCCCCUCUCUCAUCAGUGAACGGAAGAGCGGGAGGCAGUGCCACUUUUGCAUGGACAGAAGAGUUUGCAGCACCUGCUGCAAAUGUGUGAAAUUCAUAUGCAAGGACCACAGUCUGUCCAUUUGCAGCCCCUGCUCCACCUGAGCUGGACUCUCACAGUGUUCAUUCAAUGUUCAUCUUUGUAAAAUAAAUGUUUUUCUGGUUCAAAA